UGAAGCCAGACGUGCAGUGAGACAAAGCCUGUUGCAGAUUUAUCUAAAGUUUCUUUGCAUUGUGAGAACCUGAAGGUGCUUUGAUUGAACAACCUUGAUAAUUAGCAUAGACUAAGGUUGCUAACAGGUUGAAUCCCUCUGAGGGAGAAAACAUGAUGCGAGGCUUGGCUAGGAGGGAAGUGAUUGCUGAGACAGAACUGAGGAUAGUGGUCAUCGGUAGCAGUGGCCCAUCUCAGUUCCUUCUCACCAACUACAUUCUUGGAAGAGAGGAGUUCACUAAAGAUGUGUGCAGCAUCGCUGGAAGCAGAAAGAAUGUGGGUGAACUUGCUGGGAGGCAGGUUGCUGUGGUCAACGCACCGAACCUAUAUGACAAAGACCUGUCCAAAAGCAAGAUGAGGGAGGAGCUGAGAAGAGCAAAGUGUUUAUCGUCUCCUGGUCCUCAUGCCAUCCUUAUUGCAUUUGACUUGGAGAAGAUCUCACCAAACGACAUUCAGACUCCCAAGCUGGUGAUGAAGCACUUUGGAGAAAGUGUCCUGAACUAUGCCAUGAUCCUCCUGGCAUACGAUGGACACCUAGGGGGCGCUGCCCUGAAUGAUAGGAUCAUGAAAACUGAUUGGCACCUGCGGGAGCUCACUGAGCAGUGCAACUGCUGCUAUCACAUCUUUAGCAAGAACUGGAGGAACCGCAGUAAAGACAGGGAGCUUCUACAGAAGUUAGAGAGGAUGAUAGGAGCCAUGGGGGGCCGCUGUUACACCAGCCCGGCCUACCGCAAGGCGGAGGAGAGCGUGAGGAAAGAGGAGAAGAAGCUGAUGAAGAAGAGGGCCCCAGAGACAGAGAGGGCAUGGAGGGAGCUGGAGAAACAGUACCAGGGGGAGGAGUUGCGUUGGCAGAUGGAUGCCUACAAUGCCAGUGUGGGGGCUGAGAUCAGGGCCAAAGCUGAGCUGGACAACACCUGGCUCAGGACUUCGCUGGCCAUGGGGUUCGUGUUGGGGUUUGCAGCCGGGGCUACUAUGGGAAUGAUUGUAGGGUCAGUGGAGGUGCUGGCUGGUAUGGCAGUGGGCGGAGCUGUUGGAGGUGCUGUGGGUGGGGCAGCAGGGAGUGCUGUCCAAUCAGCCAUUGAGCAUCUGGAUGAAAGAGUGGGACCCCAUGCCAACAACUUCAACUCAGCUUUUAUUAACAGGUUCUUCCGAACACCGCGGGUCUGAG